AUGUGCAAAAAAAGCCCCAAAGUGAAAAAUUCUAGGGCUGAUGGGGCUACAAGGCUCGACAGUGGCGCAGGAAGGCUCGACAGUGGCGCAGGCCCAAUUCGAAACCCAACCUUUAUGCUGCACAAAUUAACGAAGGCGCCGGCCACUCAGGUGACCCUAACUAGGGACGAAGCCCUAGAAAUGUACACGCAAAUGCACACCAUACGGCGCAUGGAAACGGCCGCCGCCAAUUUGUACAAAGAAAAAAACAUUAGGGGCUUUUGUCAUUUGUAUUCUGGACAGGAAGCAGUCGCUGUAGGCUUUAAACAAGCCCUAAGACCCCAAGAUUCAGUAAUUACAGCUUACAGGGCUCACGGGUGGACGUAUGUGAUGGGGGUGAAACCCCUAGCGGUCAUGGCUGAGCUUACCGGUAGACAAACGGGGACCAGGGAGGAGGUGCAAGAGGUGCAAGAGGUGUGCCAAACCAGAGAUCCCAUCACUUUCACUAAAGAGAAAAUUAUUUCGUCCAAUCUGGUGACUGCCGAGGAAAUUAAGAAAAUCGAUGCGCAGAUCAAGACGGAUAUUGAUACAGCUACUGAGCAGGCUAAAAGGGACAAGGAGAUUGGACUGGAUGAGCUUUCAGCGGAUAUUACUGCCAAUCAUUUGGGGAGCGACAUCAGGGGUGUGUCGAUUUUCGCUCCCUUGAAGCAUAAACGGAUCGGGCCCGCUAAUAAUUUGAAAUAA